UGGGACCGGCAGAGGGGUGGCCGCGGGGCCCGGCUGGGCUGGGGCGGGGGGCCGCAGCCAUGAUCCGGGCCUUCUCGUUCCCGGUGAGCCCCGAGCGGGGCCGGCUGCGGGGCUGGCUGGAGGGCAGCCUGGCCGGGCUCUGCGAGUUGCACUGGCUACGGGAGAGGCAGGAGUACCGCGUGCAGCAGGCGCUGCGGCUGGCCCAGCCCGGAAUGGGGGGCGCCGAGGCCGAGGACGAGGAGGACGCCGACGAGGACGAAGAUGCAGCGGCGGCGCGCCGGGCCGCGGCGGCCCUGGAGGAGCAGCUGGAGGCCUUGCCCGGACUCAUCUGGGACCUGGGCCAGCAGCUGGGAGACCUGAGCCUGGAACAGGAAAGUGGGCGCAGCUCAGGCUUCUACGAAGACCCCAGCUCCACAGGAGGUCCUGACUCUCCACCCUCGACCUUCUGUGGGGACAGUGGCUUCUCUGGAUCUGGCUCCUAUGGACGCCUGGGUCCCUCUGAACCCCGGGGCAUCUAUGCCAGUGAGAGGCCCAAGUCCCUAGGAGACGCCAGCCCCAGCGCCCCCGAGGCGGCGGGAGCCCGGGCACCAGUCCCGCGGUCCUUCUCGGCGCCCUAUCCGACGGCAGCGGGGUCUGGGGGCCCGGAGACCGGCUCCUCAGCGGAGCGGCGGGCCCGCGCGGGGCCCUUCCUGACGCCCAGCCCCCUGCACGCCGUGGCGCUGCGCAGCCCGCGGCCCUGCGGCCGUCCAGCGGCGGACUCGCCCGACGGCCCGGGCGCGGGGCGGCCCCUGGACGGCUACAUCUCGGCGCUCCUGCGCAGGCGCCGCCGCCGGGGGGCGGGCCAGCCCCGGACGAGUCCCGGGGGCGCGGACGGGGGCCCGCGGCGCCAGAACAGCGUGCGCCAGCGGCCGCCCGACGCGUCCCCGCCCCCCGGAGGCGCGCGGCCCGCGCCCGAGCCCCCCGUGGAGCGCGCGGGGGGUCGUCCCGCGAGCCCCGCCGCCCUGGGCCGCCCCUGGGCCUCGCCGUGGGAGUCGGAGGCGGCGCCCGAGCCCGCCGCGUCGCCCGCCGCCCCCUCGCCCCCCGACAGCCCGGCGGAGGGCCGCCUGGUGAAGGCGCAGUACAUCCCGGGCGCGCAGGCGGCCACCCGGGGCCUCCCCGGCCGCGCGGCCCGCCGCAAAGCGCCGCCGCUGACCCGGGGCCGCAGCGUGGAGCAGUCCCCGCCCCGGGAGCGCCCCCGGGCCGCGGGCCGCCGCGGACGCAUGACGGAGGCCUCGGGCCGCAGGGGCUCGCCCCGGGCGCGCAAGGCCGCGCGCUCCCAGUCGGAGACCAGCCUGCUGGGCCGCGCCGCCGCGGCUCCUCCGGGGCCCCCCAAGUACCCGACGGCGGAGCGCGAGGAGCCGCGGCCCCCGAGGCCUCGCCGGGGCCCGGCACCCACGCUGGCCGCGCAGGCCGCGGGGUCCUGCCGCCGCUGGCGCUCCACGGCCGAGAUCGACGCCGCCGACGGGCGCCGCGGCCGCCCCCGCGCCCCCGCCGCCCGGGGCCCCGGCGGUCCCGGCCCCUCCCCGUCCGCUCCUCCGCGCCGGUUGCUCUACGGCUGCGCGGGCAGCGACUCCGAGUGCUCGGCGGGGCGCCCGGGGCCCCUGGGACGCCGGGGUCCGGCGGGCGGCGUGGGCGGCGGCUACGGCGAGAGCGAAUCCAGUGCCAGCGAGGGCGAGUCGCCCGCCUUCAGCUCCGCCUCCAGCGACUCGGACGGCAGCGGGGGCCUCGUGUGGCCGCAGCAGCUGGUGGCCGCCACCGCGGCCUCGGGGCCGGCAGGGGGUGCGGGUGGAGGGGCGCCCACCGGCCCCGCCAAAGUCUUCGUGAAGAUCAAGGCUUCCCACGCGCUCAAGAAAAAGAUCCUGCGUUUCCGCUCGGGCUCUCUCAAGGUCAUGACUACAGUGUGAGUUCGGGGUGGGCUGUGCGCGCCCUCCAUUGCCUCUGCACCACCACACUCCCCGUCGCCGGCCCUUCAGCGCCUCCCUUCCAAAGACCACCGUUUUCUUGGCUUCCAAAGACCCUCCCUCGCUGCCCCCUCCGCUGAGGUCCUGGUUGAAAAGGCUCCCCUCCACCAGAGGGAGGAAUUGGGGGGGAGCCCUGUUUGACCCCCUUCAGCUGGCGGCCCGGUUCUGCAGCCCGUGGGCAAGAAGGUCCCCUCCCUCUGAACCCCACUUUCUUCUUCUGUACUAUGGGUACACUAUGGUAUGCUGAAGGGGGAAUUCAGUGUGAAUUUCCCCGUUUAGUUUAGACACUUAGUCUGUUUGAUGCCCUUCACUGCUCUCACGGAGCCCUCUUAUUCCUCCUUUCCAUGCCCGGAUAUGGCCCCCUCAUACACAAAAUGCCCCCCAUCCAUGUCUCUGGAUCCCUAGGAUUUCCCCUUGGCACAUGGCUGGAGACUCUGUCUGACCCAGGCGGUGCCUGCGGAGUGCCCUGGGAAGGCAAGGAGCACUGACUUUGGGGUUUUGAGGGUCGAAUAGGAGUUGAUAACACCGGGGAAGAACUCUUUCAUCUCCAUCCAUGGACAAUUAUGGAGGACUGAGAAGUGGAAGAGGGGAAGGAAGAUGGCUUCUAUCUUGUGACCCCCUCCCUGGUGAGAGGGAGUGGGGGAGCUCAGGAUGACCCUCAGCUGUUCCAAUCCAGUAUUUUUUUUUCUUUUUCAAAAUUACUGUAUUUAUUAUGACGAUGGUGACUCCCCGGUGCACAGGGGGGCCAGAUUCUGUGUGUUUCUCUAACCUCUUUGUAAAUAAAUGUACAAUGUUA